CCGCCCAGUGCAACCGAAAAUCUCAGAAACCGAAUAUUUCAGAAACCGGAGCCGCAGUCCUCAUCGCUCUCCUUCAGGAACACCUCAUCCCGACAGUAAUAAUAGCAAGGACAUCACCGCAGAAUGGCGCUGGACGUGGCUGACUCACAGUACCUCCUCAUCCUUGCACCGUCACUGGUCAUUGCUCUCAUGUUCCUCUUUUUCUGGCUCUUCAUGAAAGAAACUUCCUAUGAUGAGGUUCUGGCUCGUCAGAAACAAGAUCUUAAACUGCCACCCACCAAACCCGAUACAAAGAAAAAGAGCGAGAAAAAGAAGAACAAGAAGAAGGAGACUGGUGUAGGUGGAGGCGGCGAGUCAGAGGAAGACUUAAAGGAUUUCGAUACAUCUGAUGCCACUCGCCCAGCCUCAAAUGAUGACGAUUUUGAGGCGGUACCCGUGACUCUACCUGUUGCGGUUCCGGUCCAGGCAGAGCCUCUGUCUGGAAUAAGGGAGAGAAAAAAGAAAGAGAAGAAGCCAAAAGCUGCACCAACUGUUGCCCUCCCUGCUCGUAUCACCCCACCUACCCCUGCUGUCUCUGAAGAACCGGAAGUCAAUGGCUCCAAACCUGCUGUCCGUAAAGAGCAACCCAUCCCCCUGACCAAGCAGUCCAGCCCACUGCAGCCUCAAGCCACACCCCCUGCCCCCACUAACACUACCAGCAAAAAGAAGUCCAAGAAGCAGAAGAGUGAGUCUGAAGAGCAUCCACCUGAGAUUCAGCCUGAUCUGUCUCCUCCUGCAGUGAAGGAGGAGCCUGUGAUCAUAGAGGUGAAAGCACAAGAUGUAGCCGCUACUGUUACCACGUCAGCACCACCAACCACCUCUAGUGGCAGCGGGCGGAGGAAGAAAAAGCAGAAGGUGGAACCAGCUGUCACAUUGGAUGAGGCACAUGUCCUGUCUUCAGUCCCGGUCACGCAGACUGACGCUGCCCCAACCAACCACCAGAACAACCAAAACAAUGAGGUCCUGUCCUCUGCUCCUGUUAUCACCAAACAUAGCAAGAAACAGAAGAGUGAAACCAACAAAGAGAACUCUGAGGUGAAGCUGAAGGAGCUGUCGGCCAGUUUGAGUGGUCUGGUGCUGUCAGACUCCGAUGUGGUCAGUCUGGUCUCGGUGCUCCGAGACAAGAGUCCCAAUGCGCUGGACACCUGGUAUAAGUCUGCUGCCAAGUUUGAGCCCUCAGUUCAGCAGCUAGCAGAGAAAGAGCGUCUUUUGAGCACACUACAGGAGGAGGCAUCCAUUGCCAAGGGCAAAGUCAAACAGCUCAGCCUGGAACUGCAGGCUGAGAAGCAGAAGACUGGCCGUGUGGAGUCUAUGCUGCAUGAACAGCGUGUCGCCAGAGAGAAAGACAUCAUGCAGACUAAAGCUCAGAGCUAUCAGGAGAUGCAGAUUAAGUUCCAGCAGGUAAGAGAACAGCUGGAGGGUCAAAUUGCUCGACUACAGCAGGAGAAUGGCAUUCUGAGAGAUGCUGUGGAAAGAUGCUCCACCACCAACCAGAUGGAAACCAAGCAGUCAUCUGAGCUGAAUAAACUGCAUUCUGAAUGCAACAGUCUGAUGAAAGAGCUGGCAGACACCAAAAACAAGCUGCAGCAGGAAGAGUUGCAGCGGAAGAGUCUUGAAGUCAACUAUAAGCAGAAUGUGUCCCAGUUGGAGGAUGCCAAACGUCGUUGGGAAGAGCUGCAGAACUUUUUGCUCAGCGUGAACUCUGAAAGAGAAAAGCUUCAGGGUGCUAAACAAGAGCUGCAGAAUCAGCUGAUGUCAGUGGAGACAGAGAUCACCACUAAAAACAAGGAGAUCCAGAACCUGCACAGCAACCUGACGGAUACGCUCAUCUGUAAAGAGCAGGAGCAGCAGAAGGUCAUGCAGCUGGAGCAGAAGGUCCUGCAUCUGAUAGAGGCAUCACAGCACACCAUGAAACCUGACGACCAACUACAGGAGCAAAUCAAGGAUCUUCUUAACGAGAAGAAAACGCUAAAAGUUCAGAUUGAUAACCUUCAGGCUCAGCUCAACUCUCAGGCUACAGCAGUAUCGCAUUUUGAUGAGCUUCAAAAACUGCUGGCUGAGAAAGAGCUACAGAGAAAGAGUCUAGAAGAUUCUCUCAAUGCAGAGAGGAGCAGCGGCGCCAGCAGAGAGACCAACAUGCAGGCCAUUCACAAUGAAAAUAUAGCAUUGAAGGCAGACCUCCAGAAUCUGCAGGCACAAAUUUCUAAGAAGGCCAUAUCUGUGGAUCAGCUUCAGCAGAGUGUUCAGCAUCGUGAUGAAAAGGUAAAGACUGUGGAGACCCUGCUGGAGUCCAGCCUCAUUCAGAUGGCCAACAAGGAAGAGGAACUGAUGCUGAUUAGAAAAGAGUGUAAAGGUUUGAAAGAGCAACUGGAGGCAGUACAGAAACAGAAUGCAGAACAGGCGAUGACAGAAACAACAGUAGAAGAGCUACAGCAGAGGAUUAAGGAGAAGGAUGAACAAAUUAGAUCAAGUGAGGAGAGUUUACAGUCAGCACUGGACAAAGAAUCAGAAAGACAUAAGGCAAUAAAGGAUCUGGAGCAGCAGGUUGAGGCUCUGAAGGCUGAACUGGUCCAGCUAAAGAGCAAAGAAACCCAGUCAAACUCAGACAUGAGUGCACAACUCCAGGAGCUUCAGGCUCAGUUAACGACUAAGGACCAGGAUGUUCAGAGACUUCAGAGGGAACUGGAGAAGGGAAUGCAACAGCAGCAGCAAACUGUUUCAGCAGCACCCAGCCAGGAAUUAUUAUCAGCGCUCACGGAGAAGGACAAGUGUCUAGCUGAACUUCAGGCAGAGCUGAUUGAGUUGAGGGAAUCGGUGGAGCUUCAUCGCAAGAAGAACAAUGAGCUACGGGAGAAAAACUGGAGCGCUGUGGAGGCGCUGUCAGCCACCGAGACCUUACUGCAGGGAAAACUCACCAAGAGCGCCAAGGAGCAUCAGACGGCGCUGGAGUCUGCGGAGGCGGAAUGUCGAGCGUUGCUGCACAGACUCCUGCCGCAUGUGCCCAUGCCCACUGACCAGAACCACAAGCAGUGGCUGCUGAAGUUUGAGACAUCCAUGAGAGAGUGUUCAGCUGGAGAGCAUGCUGUUGCCAUGGCGAUGACAUCUGCGUCAGGGGCUGAAGAUGCCCAGGCUUUAGCAGAAAAGUUGGAGGCGGCUGAAGAGGCAAAGAAAGUUCUACAGAAAGAUUGUGAGACGUACAAGAAAGUGCUUGGAGAGACGGAAGGGAUCCUGCAACGUCUGCAGAGCAGCGUUGAGCAUGAGGAGACGCGCUGGAGGGAGAAGUUGGAGCAGUCCCAGGCUGACCUUAAAGAGAUGUCUGUGAGGAUAAUUACACUGGAACAGGAAGUGGACAGACUCAGUUCAGAUGGCGAUCUAGAGAGUCUUAGGAGAGACAAGCAGCACCUUGAGGCUGAACUGGAGAGAGCAGAGCGUGAGAGCGCCACCUACGUGUCAGAAGUCAGAGAGCUCAAUGAUCUCUUGGCUGAGUUGCAAAGCAAACUCCAUGGCUCGUACACAAAGGCCGUCAACCAAAAUGAGGAGCUAAAUUUGCUCAAGACGCAGCUGAAUAAGACAUUGAGUAAACUUGAGAAAGAGGAGAUUGAGAGACAGAAAGUGGCUGGAGACCUAUACAAGGCCCAGCAGUCUCUGGAGUUAAUUCAGGCAGAGAUCAUUAAAGAAGCAGGACAGGCUGACCUGAUAGAGACCACGAGCCUCACGCAAACGGAGGAGAUUGACCGUAAGGAGAAGAUGACUGCAGGCUUGAAUCAGACAGUACAGGAACUACAGGAACUUCUCCAGUCUGUCAACAGACAGCUUACCAAGGGACACGAAAGGGAUGAUGGUGACAUUAUACUCUGAUUAUAAACUCUAGGUAAACAGAGGAGGGCUUCAGUGCACUCAUACAGACAUAUAUCAACAUACCACAGUAAUCCACCAACAGAUUCCAGCCCUGUUUACUACACCAGAUUAAACGCGUGUUCUCCAGUUAAACCGAACCAAACCCUGCACACUCCAACCUGGUGUCUAGUUCUCCUAAAAGGGCAUUGACUGGACCCUGACCACAUACACGCAGUGAACCGGAUCCCAUGCCUGUGUUGACUCCUACUGUGGCAUUCCUCAUAUUCAGUAGACUUAUACAAGGCCAAAAGCAUCCGAUAGCCAAGAUGGUUUGACUCGUUGACGUUUAAUUCAUUUGACCCUUUUUCAGGCAGAGUACUUUUAAUGCUACUUUUUGUUAGCUCUCUUUGACCAGAGAGGUUUUUAUUCAUCAAUGUUCUUUCGUAUAAAGAACAUUGAGGCUAUUUGUGUUGUUUUAAUGAUAUUAUAACUGUUAGGAUCCUACUGACACUCACUAUGUUGUGUUCUCGGCUCAUGUCUUGAAACUCUAAACUCUGAGGCACAUCCAAAAGACUCCUGUUAAACAAAUAAAUCCUCUUUUUCACAUUCAGAAAUGUUAAUUUUACUGAGUUUAGUAUGUCUUUCUAAGGGUCCCAUUUUUAUGUGGGACAAGUUAUGAUAUCAUUGAUGACAGACGGUUAAAUCUGUGAUGAACUGCAUUAAGUCCUGCCAUUAAAAGUGUGAUCACUGGGCAAUAGAUUAAAAGGGAAAGAGGUGUCCUCCUCAUCUGUAAUCAACACAAUCUAUACAGUUGCUAAUUGCAUUAAUACUGAAUAUUUCAUUUUUUGUAAAACAGGUGACCGGUAAUAAAAGGGAUGCUUGAUUUAAAAAAAAAAAUGCAGUGUGGCCUCCAAAUUGUAUAACUGUUUGUGUUUUGUGUUAAGGUGAAAUUGGUGGGUGUAGGCAUUAGUUUAUAUAGGCACCAGCAAUCUAAUUACAUUUUUCAGGGAUGACAGUAUGGCAAAAUGUACACAUGUUGCUGUAAUUUUACGUCACCAAAAAUAAAUGCAGUAUUUUACAUAGAAACUACUUUAAUUCCAUUUGAAGUUACUUCAUUAUAGCAGGAAUUUACAGCAUUUAUCAAUUUUGGGAAAUAAAGUUUUUCAGAUUCAUGAAAAGCGGUAGACAAUCUAAGAAA